AUGACACUGCUCCUGCGCUUUACAGGAUCCAUCGACGGUUACUGUGGACUGACUGGAACACCGCCUCCGAGUGCCGCCAGGAUGAUUGCCGGUGCAUAUUUGUCAAUGGUACCAUGCGAGACGGUUAUCCUGGCCGCAACGAUUGCCCAUUCUAUUUGGGCGAAGAAGCUUAAGUUAUUGGAAGGAGCGUCCGCCAGUCUACCGAUCCUUACACGGCUCUAUCGGGAUGGAAUCUUGUACUUUGGACUUGCACUUGCCCUGAGAUUAUGCGGCGCAAUUGUUUGGCUUGAAGCGCCUGCCAAUCUCAAGCUCUCUCCCGACUAUGGCGUUUACGCCCUCACAAGCAUCUUCGCUUGCAGAUUCUUCUUGGGGCUUCGGGAGUCCAUCUCGCAGACCAAUGCUGAAUCAUUCCCUACAACCAACACAGACACCAUUGCUCUAUCAGAGAGACCACGUCGCAGCCCCUUUUCUCUUUCGACCCAGAUGACUGCUGGAAACCCUUCGGAGGAAACCAACGUCAACUCUACGCAUCCCUAG